AAUUCAAAUAUCUCUAAUAGGAGUGGAAUCCUACAGAACAGGCAUCCGAAAGUGCAUCAACCAAGAUGAUGACAGAAACAACCCAAAAAACGAACGCAAUUUAUUUUAUAAAAAAACCAAACUUGCAUGGCUAAGUUGUCCUGCUCAACGAACUUCCUCGUUGCCAAAGGCUACAGAGGUUUCAAACUUGGAUGUUCGAUUUGAGUUCAAGCUUGAUGACGAAAUGCCUACCUCCUUCAAAACCUCCAAAAAUUUCUUGGGCAUGAGAAAUGGUAGCAUCAAAUACUUCAUCGUGGCUGAGGUCUACACGCAAUCAAAAAAAUUUGUGAGCCCGAAUCAUCAAGUGCUGAAAAAUGUUCAGGUUGAGGUUCCCAUAGUCCGUUGGAGUCUACCGAGCGAGAAAAAGAGCUCACAUGGUUUCGAGACGAUAGUAAGAAAGAGGAAGGCCCUCUAUGAACCAGUACAAUCGAUAUUAGACCAAUCUUCUUAUGACCUAAAUUCCACGAUAAGGAUGACUAUAAUGAUUCUAUUCCCAAAACCAGGACUAUUCAUUAAAGAGGUUAUAGGUUGUAUCGAAGAACAACAUCAAAUCUUCAAAACAGAUUCAGAUGAAGUUCCAAUGGUAAUCAAACGAAAAGUGGCAUUGCAGAAAAUUAAUGGAGCAGAAGUCAAGAAAUUGUCGUUGUCAAGUCCUUCAAGCGCGAAUGUUAUGAAUGACGAUGACUCGGAUACAGCUUCGAUAGAUGAUGAAGAAGAAAAUUAUAUGUUCGAGGUGAAGAUGAAAAUACCGUCGAAGGAGGAAAAUGUCAUAUCACCUACCAUGAUCGAUAAUCCUAUGGUGUCAAGGAGGGUAUUGCAUAAGAUAAAGAUUAAAGUUAAGUUUAAUAAUUUUAGAGAAUUAAAAAUUGAACGAGAUGUUGAAAUUAGGAAUAGCUUAA